UAGUCUCGCAGUUUUUUUCUGAUAAAGCAAAUGAUUAGAGGCCUUAGGACCAAAACGAUCUCAACCUUUUCUCAAACUUUAUAAGAGUAAGAAGGCUGGCUCGCUGGCUUGGAGCCGGGCGUGGAAAGCGAGCCGCCUAGGGGGCCACUUUUGGUGUACGCGCUAUAAAAGUUCUAAAUUGGUGGUACAUGCAUGAAAAGGCCGUUAGACAUAUAUGGAACAGUCGAUUGUUUAUCGCAAAAAUCACACACAAUUGCGUAAGAUUAACAUAAAAAUUGCGUAUAAAAUACAUUAAAUAGUUUUAAACUGCGUAAUUCUUAAUCAACCAAAAAUUUUGAACUGCUCAUAACUGAAUCCACAUCAGCUGAAGCCCUCAACAGACAUUGCGCAUAUCGACAAAUGACAAUGUGAAUAUCGACAAUGGCCCUUGUAAAUUAUCACGCAUGUAUCACGAAAGACCGAGAUUUCAUGCAUGGAAAAUGCGCGAAAUGUAUGAAGUUUAAGGUUUAACCCCCAAAUUCAUCCCUAGUGUUUAAGUAGGGACACUCUGGAUCCAAAUGUUAUUUCUGAUGGAACCUCAUCUUGGAAUGUCAUUUAGAGAUGCACAAAGAAUUUAAUUUAUUCAACAGAAUCUUUCCCUUUUUGUCUUUUUCUUUUACUAUGGAAUACAAGUCAUGCCUCACACAUGACUCCGCCCCCUCCUUUUGAAGUGAAAGAAGGAGCCUCCCUUUUCCUUUAUGUGUGUCAAUUCUGUGUGGUUCGGGAAUGCGGCACCGAGCACAGAGCAGUGCACUCUGCUCCACCAUGAACAGACUACGGCAGUGGCACAGGGGGGAAACAUGAGGAAACUCCUCCAAGACUCCUCUCAGAAACAUGAAGAACCUGCUCUUUUUUCUGGCUGUUGCGCUGCUCUGGAGAAGACACGAGGCAGUGGUCCAGAGUGGAGGCGUUCUUCUUGGAUCCUCCGCCAUCUUACCCUGCCACAUAAACACAAAUGAUCGUCUUUCCCAGAUCACAUGGCAGAGAACAAUUAAAGGAAAAGCACCAGAUGAUGUUUUCUUGACAAUUCAGCCCAUGAUUGGACCUUCGCAUAGUAAUGGAAAGGAUUUCAGAUUUGAAUUUAUUGGGAAUUUCAAUAACAAAAAUGGAACCCUGAAGUUUUCUGAUGUAACCCUAAAUGAUGAAGGAAGCUACACAUGCAUCUUCAGCUUGUUCCCCAGUGGAAAACAAAGCAGAAAUUCACAACUUGUAAUACUUGUGCCCCCAAUCACAAAUCUGAUGGAUUAUACACCCUUAGAGGGAAAUGAGGAGGUUCCACUUGCAACCUGCACAGCUGCUGCUUCUAAGCCGAAGGCAGACGUGAGAUGGAUCAAAGGUUCUUUGGAAGGAAAAGUUCGAGAAGAACUCAAGGAAACUCAGCACGCCAAUGGUACAACCACCACAUGGAGUACUCUGCUUGGAAAACCUGGGAGAGAGAUGAAUGGUCAGUUGGUGAAGUGUGUCAUCUCAAGUGAGGCAACGAAAGAAGACAUCUUGGAAACCAACAUCCUGGUCCACUACUCUCCUGGAGAAGUGAAGGUAACAGAAAGAUCCGCAGACUCAUUCGAGUGUGAAACUGAAGCCAACCCAAAUGCAACCUUUACCUGGACCAGGGCUGGCCAGUCUCUGCCUGAGUCCAUCAAAGUUGAAGGGGGAGUGCUGCAGUUUGCGAGCAAGACCAGUGACCUUUCCGGGCUUUAUCAGUGUGAAGCAGGAAAUAUGUUUGGAAAUACAACGUCCUACGUCUUUGUGCGUUUCUCUUCAGAAUCUUCUGUUUUUUGUUGGGUUCUUUUUGGCCUUUUUGUCCUAUCGGGCGCGGUUGGGCUUUUGUACUUGUGCUGGUCUGGUAAAUUUUCAGACUGCAGUAAACGUUUACCUUGGUGGAAAGAAGGUCCUUCAGGGCCAGGAGAAACAAAUCCCUUACACUGAAAAAAAAAAUGGGAUCCGUUACACUGCUGAUGGGGGACACUCCUGACUGAAAAGAUCCAGCUUCAAGUUGUGCAGAUUGUUUUCCGUUAGAAAAACACUCCAGUUACUGACAGAGGAAGCCACAUUUUUUUACAUGUUAUUUUGUAUUCCACCUCUGUAAUUUAAUUUAUUUUUAGCUCCAAGAGUUAAGCCCUGAAGCUUUUUUUUUCAGGAGUUCAAAUGGAGGUAAGCCUUGUGCAUUUUCACAUGUUUCUGCCUUUUUGUUUUACAUUUCAAAUGUGUGUUUGAAAAAAGCAUGGUUCUGCUGUUUAACAAAUUCAUUUCUUAACUUUCAGUACCCCAUGUUAUGCUUAUGAGCAUGUUAUCCUAAAUUGAAGGAGAGAAUCUCCCCGAAUCGCAAACGAAAAAGCAGAAAAGAAAAUAACAAAACACGAGUUUAUGCAUCUAAAGCUUCAGUUUGUAACAUUUUUGUUUUUUAUAAAGAAAUAUAUUAAUUAAGGAAAUACAGAAAGCUUUACAGAUUAUAUUUUUUUAUGAAAGACAACCAUUUACGAACAGAAUAUUGAACCUCACAGUCGGGAAGCACCAACCAGCUGAUGAUAAAUCAGUUUCAAACCAUUAAGCUAAAAUGGACCAAAGGCGUGUUCAACCAGAAAGUCAUUAACCUUUAAGCCCAAAGGGACUUCUGCUUUACAGAAGCGAUAUUAACGGUUUCUAUCAGGAUGCUUGGAUGUGUGUGUGAGUCAUGCAGGUGUGUGUUUAUCUAUUGAGGUGUUAUCAGAAACUCUGAAAAGUACCUUUUGCAAAGAGAGAAGAAUGAAACCUGGAACGGUGGGGAUUGGAACACUCCCACUCUGAUAAGACUCAGAAAGAUUAGCUAUAAGCUGUUAAAGGAUCUUGGAGUUGAGUGGUGCAGCAGUUGCAGUCAGUUUGUUUGCAGAAUUUUGCUGUUGAAGUGUUAUAAUUAUGCAAAUGUGUGGGUUUUUUUUUAUUCUGACACAUGCAGCCUAAAGCCACGUCUACAGUAGUGAAGAGUGCAGUGUAGCAGCAUUGUAACUCAUCCGUAGAGGCUUUUAAUUUAGUAGGGCUUUACCCAAUAAUCAUGCUGUGGGAUGACAGAUGUCUGCCUUUUGAUCCAUUAAUGUAUGUCUGCCUCUGACAAAAUGAGCCAACACAAAGGAUAAUUAGAAGGCCGUAAAGUAAAAUAAAUGUAGUUCCAGCCAGCUCAACGCAGGACCUGCUGCAGUUAAAAUGAGGUAACGUCUACAUGAAAACACCAGGAAAAUCCAUUUGUUUUACAAUAAAACAUGUUGCUUCAGAUUGACUCAUGAGCUCUUGAAAGUUAUUUAACUGACUGAUCUGUCCUUUCUGCCCUUUUACUUCAGGUUUUUUACAAGCAUGCAAAUGUUGUUUAGCAAAUGCAAAUGUUGAUAGACGAGCGAAUCUUCACUAACCUGACUCAGAAAAGCAGGAGACUUUAAAUGCAGGCCUGGUAGAAGUGACCUUAUGGAGAACAUAAAAUGAGAUUUGAAAAUAAGUAGUUGUGGAAGAGAUGCGUACAUCUGGAGGACAGACUGAACUGUACACAGAUACAACACAUGUAUACACAAAUCUACACUACUGCUAAUCCGCUUACAUUUCCAUUGGCAUUAGAGUUCCCACGUUGCCUGGAGGUCCUGUGUCAACAUCAGAUACUGACUCUGUUUUUUCUUUGUCUGACUGACAACAGUGUUUCCAAAACACUUUCAUCCAUUUUCACUGGGUUUGCCGGAGCCAACCUGCUGGGCAAAGGCGGGGUACGCCCUGAACAGGUCCUAAGGGUUGGGGUUAGUCAGCUGCAGGGCCACGCACACGCCCAGGCACACCUUGGGGCGAUUUAGAAACAGCAGUUAACCGAUGAAGCAGGUUUUUGGACAAAGACAGAGGAAAUCCAUACUUGUACAAAGAAAACAUGCAAACUCUACACAUAAAAGUCAUAGUUAGGAUUUGAGAAAGGGAAGAGAGCCGAGAGUGCUCACCACUGAAUGCAAAACAUAUUAUAUAAACUGGGAAUUUUUUUAAAUGAAAUGUGUUAAACUUGUUAUAGAUAUUGAACCCCGGAGACAGACUCAGUCUAAAGACCAGUUAAAGCAUUCCUGUGCUAAUGGUAUAUAGUCGAAUGUACCCACAUGGGGGUUGACCCUUGUGUGGGCUUCGAGGCUGGUAGAGGGUUGUAGGGAGGGUGCAUGGAAUGUGCACGUGAUAGAAAAGUGUCUGCAGGAUGUCCACACAAAUGAAGCUCUGUCUAGUUUCCUCUUUUUUUUAACUUGUCCUGUCCAGCAGCUGAACAAACAGUUGAGCGCUGAAGGCUUCUUGUGUUGGACAUAUUUUACUUUUACAACUGGGGGUUAAUGUCAUCAUUCCUAACAGUCAAUGCGCGAGGAGCGCGAGGAGCACACGUUUAGGUGAACAGCUCUAACGGUCCACAAGGAUCUGGGGACUUAAAAACAAAAAAAA